CAAAGUGCUGGGAUUACAGGUGUGAGCCACCGCACCCAGCCCAUGAAAUACUUCUUACCUGGUGCACAGCUUAAUGCCUAACUGUCUAACCCAUGUCUGGGGGUCCUUCACACUUGUUUAUACUGGCAGACGCCCCUGUGGCUCCUGUCUGAUCCAUGUCCAAGUUUGUGCCUGUCUGACCAUUGCUCUGGGCUAGGAGCCAGGCUGUGUCCCCAGCAACGCAGGGAAAAUCAGGCCCAGGCUGGGCCCAGGUUCUUGAGAUGGAAGGUGCAAAUUCAGUACACCACCUCAAUGGGAAACAAGUUCAAAAGCUUAUUACUUACAGAUCCCGAGCAGGGAGGGUGCGAUGAGUGGGGAGGGCCAUCCUCCAUCCUGGGCUACAUGAAGCAGGAAUGAAGAGUCAGGCAAAAAGAAAGUGAGAUCUUGUGGCAGCGAGAAGUGUAUUUUAUAAGGGACAAGGCUGUGGGUCAGAUUAAGUUCAAGGGCAGAUGCCCGAAUGGCCCCUUUAAAGGCAUGGGUGGAAAAUAGGGAGCCCAGUUUGCCAGGAGGGAGAGACGCCUCUAAGUUCUUAUCUCUGGACACUGGCUUGGGCCAUCUGAGCAUGGCUUCUACUUCUAAUGCCUAGGCAGCAACCUUUGCUGUGUUGGAAAUGUUGGAAGCAGGGUGACAGGUUAGGAAGCCUUUGGUGUAACCCAUGUUAUUGUAAUAUUCAUUCAUUCACUCAACAGAUGUUUAUUGCGCAUCUACUAUAUGCUGCAGCCAUGACAGGCAGGCUCUGGGGACGUGGCUGAGAACAGGACAGAGUCCCUUCAUACCCACAGGGUCCUUCAUACCCACAGGGUCACUCCCUCCUGGAGGCCAUUAACUUCCUGUUGCAUGGUAUUCUGCUGGAACCCUCAGGUCCCAGCAUGUCCAGGAGCCUCCCCUCCUGGCACAGGGGCUUCUCUCAUGGUACAAGGGCAGCGGUACAGCCAGUCAAUGGCUCCUGGUUCCACAAACUCAGUGAGCACCUGCCUGCCCUUUGUGCUGCCCCUCAGCUUGGGGUGGCCCGAGUCAAGACCAGCCAGGAGCGGAGGCUUCAUGAUCCCUCUCUUUCCCUCAGGGAGACCCCGUCUGGCCCCUCCCCAGAAUGUGACACUGCUCUCCCAGAACUUCAGCGUGUACCUGACAUGGCUCCCAGGGCUUGGCAACCCCCAGGAUGUGACCUAUGUUGUGGCCUAUCAGAGCUCUCCCACCCCUGGAAGGUGGCGCAAAGUUGAAAAAUGUGCAGGAACUAAGGAGCUGGUGUGUUCUCUGAUGUGCCUGAAGAAACAGGACCUGUACAACAAGUUCAAAGGGCGCGUGCGGACGGUUUCUCCCAGCUCCAAGUCCCCCUGGGUAGAGUCCGAAUACCUGGAUUACCUUUUUGAAGUGGAGCCGGCCCCACCUCUCCUGGUGCUCACCCAGACGGAGGAGCUCCUGAGUGUCAAUGCCACCUACCAGCUGCCCCCCUGCAUGCCCCCACUGGAUCUGAAGUAUGAGGUGGCAUUCUGGAAGGAGGAGGCCGGAAACAAGACCCUAUUUCCAGUCACUCCCCAUGGCCAGCCAGUCCAGAUCACCCUCCAGCCAGCCGCCAGUGAACGCCACUGCCUAAGUGCCAGAACCAUCUACACCUUCAGUGUCCUGAAAUACAGCGAGUUCUCUCAGCCCGCCUGCUUCUUGCUGGAGGUCCCAGAAACCAACUGGGUUUUCCUGGUGCUGCCAUCACUUCUGCUACUGCUGUUAGCAAUCGCCACAGGGGGUGUGAUCUGGAAGAGCCUCAUGGGGAAUCCCUGGUUUCAGCGGGCAAAGAUGCCACGUGCCCUGGACUUUUCUGGACACACACACCCUGUGGCAACCUUUCAGCACAGCAGACCAGAAUCCCUGAAUGACUUGCUCCUCCGUCCACAAAAGGAGCUGACCAGAGGGAUUAGGACCACGCCGAGAGUCAGGGCCCCAGCCAUCCAGCAGGCAGGACGGACAAAGGCACUUGCGGAAGACGAGGAGGAAGAGGAGGAGGACAUGGAAGAUGGCGUCAGCUUCCAGCCCUACAUUGAACCGCCCUCUUUCCUGGGGCAACAGCACCAGGUUCCAGAGCACUCAGAGGCAGGUGAGGUGGACUCAGGGAGGCCCAGGGCUCCCCUGGACCCAGGCGAAGGCUCUUCUGCUUGGGAUUCUUCAGACAGAAGCUGGGCCAGCACUAUGGACUCCUCCUGGGACAGGGCUGGGUCCUCUGGCUAUUUGUCUGAGAAGGGGCCAGGCCAAGGGUCAGGUGCGGACGGGCACCAAGCGCCUCUCCCAUCGCUGGAAUUCUCCAAGGACUCGGGUUUCCUGGAAGAGCUCCCAAAAGACGACCUCUCCUCCUGGGCCACCUGGGGCACCUUACCACCAGCGUCGAAUCUGGUCUCUUGGGAGCUCCCAGUUUCUCUUCGGACACUGACCGUCUGCUGGGACAGCAGCCCUGAGGAGGAAGAGGAAGAAGAGGAGGUGAGGGAAUCAGAAAUUGAGGACAGUGGUCCGGGCAGCUGGGGGGCUGAGAGCACCCAGAGGACUGAGGAGAGGACACUAGGGCAUUACAUGGCCAGGUGAGCUCUCCCCCGGCUUCCACCGACUGUGAUGCCUCUGCCUUUGCGAGGACUACUGGGCUUCCCAAGAAACUCGAAAGCUUCCAUACUUCCCCUGGAGGGCAGAGGGGCAUUGCACUUCCAGGACGUCCACCUAGCAGCGGUUUGUCUGCCAGGCUCAGCAAUAAGAGGCCCCUUCCUCCUGUGACCCACCGCUUUAGGCAGAGCUACAAGAGGGGUGGACACAGAGUGGGCUGAGGUCAGAGGUUGGUGGGGUGACAGGCCAGGGGGAAAAAUUAUCCCAGGACAGCACGAAACAGGUGAGGUCAGGUCACAGCAGACAUCAAGGGCAGACACCAGCAAGGGGCCCUCUGGAACUUGGGACCUCUGGAAGCACACCCGCUAUACCUCAUGCCUUUCCCAGCAGCCACUGAGCUCCCCGACCUCAGGGCUCAGCCUUUUGAUUCAUGGGUCCCCUAGGUUAGGCCCAGAUUAAAAUCCAGUUGGCCGAGGGUUUUGGAUGGGAGGGGAAAGGUGGCUGUCCUCAAAUCCUGGUCUUUGGAGUCAUGGCACUGUACGUUUUUCAGUGUCAGGCCGGGGUUCAAAUCCCAGCUCUGCUGUUCACUGACUGUUGAUCUUGGGGAAGCCACCUCCCCUCUCUACCUCGGCUUCCUCGUCUGCAGCUACACCUGGGUGUCGUGAGGGUUCUCGGGGAUCUCAGCCAUGUGUAGCACGGAGCCCUCUGUGUCCUUGGUGCUCUCUAUGUGGUGGCUGGUAGAAUUCUCCAUCCAUCCAGGCUCCAGGAGACCCCUGGGCAUCUCCCACCUGUGGCCCCUAAACCCAGAGUGACAGAGCACUCACCAUUCAGCCUGUCUCAUCCCCCAUCUACCUCCUUCCUUCUACCCUCACUGCCUCCCCAUCAGGAGAUCAAGCUCUCAGAAGCCAGAGCCCCACCCAAGGGGACCCUGGUCUCUCCGCCAUUACCCAGCAAUGGGAACCCUGCUUCCCGGGGAAAGAACCAAGUGCUCCACCUUCUAGGGACCCAGUUUGUUGGAGUAGGACAGUAACAUGGCAGGAAUCGGACUUCUAGGCCCAUAAGCCCUGUUUGGACAGCACUUUAGACCCUUGGUUGACUAUCGAGAUCCUAAGAAGUCUCAUUCUCCUUAUAAGAAACCAAUGCCUUCUAUUGGUUGCAUCACCACCCUCAGGUGACUAUCCUUACCUGAGGGUGGUGAUGCAUCCUCAGCUAACCUACACCCACCUGAAUACAAACGAGCAUAGCUGAGUUUUCACCCUUAGGACCAAAGUGUUCUGUGGUGGGGAAUCUGAACAACCCCGGCUCUGUGAUCGUUCAACCUGCCAGGACUAACGUCUCUGGAUUUGUGAAGAAGGGAUCUUCAAAGCCACUGAAGCCGCAGAGCUGUGUUGUUUUAAAGCCGCCACAAGAGUACAGCAUUAAAUGGCAGAACUGGAAAAGCUUCUUAGGGCAUCUUAUCCAGGGGUUCUCAAACCAUGUCCCCCAAAGGCCUUGGUGGCAGUUGCACGGGGUGCUACGGGGUUCUAGGAGCCUCGCCACUUUCACCGGAGCAGCCUCACUGUGCCCUGAUUUACACACUGUGGCUUUCCACGUGAGGUUUUGUUUAGAGAGGUUCCACUGCCCCAAAAAAAGUUAGCAAACCACUUUCCAAUCAAACACCUAUCUUGUUUCAAAGGAGCUGAGGUCAAGAGUGGCAAAGGCACUUACCCAAGGUCACCCAGCAGUGCUACUCUGAUGACUCAUUGUGCACAUCUCCAAGGGAGAGAGCUUCGAUCUCUGCACAGCCAGGCCAACCUCUGACCCCUUGGCCAGGUCAAUAAAAUAUGAAGGUCACAGCCACGAUUUCUAAGGGUCAGAAGGCCUUCACCACUGCUGGAAUGGACAGGUGGACACACACACACCUGUGUCUCCCCAGGGGUUUUCCCUGCAGUGAGGCUUGUCCACAUCAUUGAGCCCAGGAGAGGAAAAGCAAACAAACCACAGAUCUGGGGAUGGCUGUGGCUCAGGGCCAGCUCCCAGGGAGAUUCCCAGACCUGUGCUGAUGUUCUCUGUGGAACCCAGCCAAGCCGCUUCGUGGAGGUAAUUUCAAAAAAGUAAAAGCUAUCAUCGGCAUCAUCUUAGGCUUGUACGAAAUAACCACUCCGUUUGUAUUCUUAAACCUUACUAUUUGUUUGUUUUUUUGAGUCAGAGUUUUCUUCUUGUUAC